CUGUACCUAACAUUCAUGUAUUGAUCAAGACCACCUACACCAUCCAAGCUCACAUACUCCGUCUAAUCGGCUGAAACCAAGAUCAUGGCCCUCCCUCUAACCCACAAACCCAACACCCUCUCCCUCCAUCUCCUCGACCGCGGCUCCCCCUCCACCUUCCACUGGACCCUCUACCUCACCACUUCCCCAACCUGCGGCCAGACCUUCCACCUCAUCAACGCCCCGGGCUCGGACCUCUGGACAUUCGACUCCCAAGCCACAGAGGGUAUCACGCACGGCGGCCGGCUUCUGGUGGCGCUGGAGCUAGGCAAGAUAGAGCCCGCGUUGCAUGCUGCGGUCGCGGAGCGGCUCGCCCAGGUUUCGGUGGGGUAUUCCACAAAUCUCCGAGAGGCGAUGACGUGUCGCGUCUGGGUGAAAGAAGCGCUGUUGGCGUUGGACGAGGAGGGGUAUCUUUUUCUGUCUGUGGGGGGUGUGCAGGGGGUAAACAAGAUUCAGGAGGAGGCGAGGGGGUGGGCGAUGCGCAAUCGGGUUGCUGGACGGUAUAGCAAUACAUCAACAAGACACUAG